AGGUUGUUGUCUGGUGUAGGACAAAGUGUAAUAUUAGAUAUAAACAAGCUGCUGAGGCCACAUGCGGACUUUAAUGCUUGUUACUAAAAAGCAUUAAGUUUUUUUUAUUAUUAUUAUUAUUUUAAUUAUCUGCUAGCAUAGAGGUGACUGUCCUAAUUUAAGAGAUUAACGUGCACACACACACACACACACACACACACACACACACACACACACACACACACACACAGAAACGUUCACCCUGUGAGACAUGUGAGUCAGUUUCUCAGUAAAGGUACAGGUCCUCGCACCUCACAAUUCAGAAGCAAGAGAGACAGCUCAGUGAGAGGAAGCCAGAGAACCCAGAACACCACCCUUGGAAUGAUUUUGGACCUUUCAAUGUUCUACAGAUUCUCUUGGAGUUCUCCAAAUCCCUCGCACCAUCCAAAAAAAAAUGCCUGCCAGCAGUAUGAACUCGAGAACAGUGUAUUACUCCAACAUAUGGACAGAUGAUGGCUACUGCUCAACGAAGAGACGUUAUGUACACAAAGAUGGCAGCUGCAAGAUAGUGCUCCUGCACGUGCCUGAGAAAUGGUCUUUAUAUGUGACAGACCUCUUUACCACACUGGUGGAGAUCCGUUGGAGAGUCAUGUUCUUGACCUUUGCCCUCUCGUAUAUCCUGUCCUGGCUCUUUUUUGGGAUCCUGUUCUGGUUUAUCGCAGUGAUCCAUGGGGACACGAGGGACGCAAACAACGAGCCAUGCAUCUAUGAGGUGAGAAGCUUUACAGCAGCCUUCCUCUUCUCUCUUGAGACACAGACUACCAUUGGAUAUGGCUCACGUGGCAUGUCUGAGAACUGCAUGGUAGCCAUCAUUACUGUGACCAUCCAGGAUGUCAUUAGCGUCUUCAUCGACACCUUUAUAAUUGGGAUCGUUGUUGCCAAAAUGGCGUCAGCCCGGAAAAGAGCACAAACAGUGGGAUUCAGUAAUACUGCAGUGAUUAACUGUCAUAACGGGCAUCUGUGCCUGUCAUGGCGAGUGGGCGACUUCCGUAGAAACCACAUGGUGGAAGGAACCACACAUGCCCAGCUGGUCAGACACUCACUGCACACAAGUGGCAAAGCUAACAUAACCUACCAGGACCUUGAAAUCCAAAACAGGCAUGUUAUUCUGGCCACUCCAGUGAUCAUCAUCCACCAAAUCAAUCGCAGCAGUCCUCUAUAUAAAAUGAGUCUGCAGGAGCUACGCAAAGACAGCUUCGACCUGGUGGUGACUUUCACAUACACAGAUGACCGCAGUGGGAUUCUCCACCAGUCACGCACAUCCUACACUCCCAGUGAAAUCCUGUGGGGUCAGCAGUUUCAAGAGAUGGUGAGAGUUACCCAAAGGUCCUACAGAGUGGACUAUGCAGUCUUUCACCAAACAGUUAAAGUCUCACUGGCAGAAAACAGCGCUGAAGACUGUGAACUAAACAAGCAUGCACCAAGCUGUAAACAAGAGCCACAAAUGGGCUGUUCUCUGGCAGUGGAGAGUGAAGACAUUUUAGGUCAAAACAAUACCAACACUGUUAUUCAAGAAGAAAAACUAUAACAGGCCAUGGUAUAUAUAGGACCUUAUAGUACUUAGUGUACAUUAAAUGGGUAAUAAUGAUAAUGAGUCUUUAUUGGUCAUAUAUAAAUUACAGAACAGUGAAAUUGUUUUCUUUGCAUACCCCAGCAUGUCAGGAAGCUGGGGUCAGAGCACAGGGUCAUCCAUGAUACAGCACCCCUGGAGCAGAGAGAGUUAAGGGCCUUGCUCAAGGGCCCAACAGCUUGGCAGUGCUGAGCCUUGAACCCCCGAACUUCCAAUCAGUAACCCAGAGCCUGGGUGAACUAUACCAUAAACACUUCAAGACCAUGUAGCUAUGUUAAUCUCCGGCCAUAUACACAUUUGGACUUUUAGUCUGCAGCAUGAGUAAUUCAGGACAUUCUAAUUAAGACUUUCCUCAAAAUAACAUUUUAUAGAUAGAACUUGCAGACUACCUGGCUCAGGUAUUUAAUUCCAAAAAUCAAUGUUAAAUACAUUAUUUGUAUUAUUUAUUACACUGGCAAUCCAAUGUGCUGUAUGACCAACUGAUGGAUUAUGCUUUAUCUAUUUAAAAAAAAAAAAAACAUGCUCCAAGCUGAUUGUCCAUGUGCCUUAGAAAACUCACCCUGAAAAAAGUUUGCUCUAUUAUGACAGAAACAUAAACGCAUAACAAAUCAACUUCUUUAAUCCCUUAUGAAGCUAACUGGAUUUGCUGGGCAUUAGUGCUAAAUGUUGGUCAUUUCAGUGCCAUUUCCUGAAUUGUAUUAUCCAUAUGGUAAAUAAUGCACUAAUAUUUAAGUGUUCUGUAAGGUGUCAUAUUACCAUAGCAGGAAGAUUUCAGUUAAGACUAGCAGAAUCAUGUUUUUGCUUUUGCCUUCUCUAAAAAUCUUUAUAAUGAUCAUAUAGCAUGCAUUCUGGUGACACUGUAAUAACAUUUUCAACUGAAAGGUUGAGGCAGAACAUUUGGAUUGUAUGUUAUCAAGUUCUCAACAGGGGACUAUAGUUCAUGCUGUAUGUCUAUAUCAUACACAAACACCUGAUGAUACAGUUCAAUCAGUAUCAUUAUUGUAUUUGUAUGAAAUGUUGGUCAUUUAUAUAAUGCCUACAUGAUAUAAAUGUUACUCAUAAUGUCUCUCCUUAAGCCCAUUUUACACCAGACACGAUAACUGUGCAAGCUUCAGUACCCCUGUGGUCACAGUCACGUUUUUUAUGCUCAAAGUCAAUCAGAGUAUGCUGGCAGAAUAAAGUAUCAAGCUACAGUAUAUUGUGCUGGCUCUAUGAAAAAAAUGAGGUUCAGCUGGACUAGACACAACCAGACCUGAUUACUGCAAAUCCUGUUCAAUCAAAUCAACACUUAAAUGGAAUUUUUUCAACAGCAUGAAGUUGGUUAAAAGGUCUUACCCAGUAACACGCUAUGUAAAAGUUGAAAGAAAUUCCAGAAAUGAUGAGGAAGAAGGUGAUUGAAAUACAUCAGUCUGGGAAGGGUUACAAAGCUAUUUCAAAGGCUCUGGGACUCCAAAGGACCACAGUGAGAGUCAUUAUCUCCAAAUGGAAAAACUUGGCAUAGUAGUAAACCUUCCCAGACGUGACAACAUCAAAGGACCUACAGGCCUUUCUUGCAUCAAUAAAGAUCACUGCUCAUGACUCCACUAUCAGAAAGACACUAGGCCAAAAUGGCCUCCAUGGAAGAGUGGCGAGGUGAAAACCACUGCUAACCCAGAAGAACAUUAAGGCUCAUCUGAAUUUUUCCAAAAUCCACCUUGAUGAUCCUCAAACCUUUUGGGAGGAUGUUCUGUGGACUGACGAGUUGAAAGUGGAACUGUUUGGAAGACAGGGGUCCUGUUACAUCUGGCGUAAACUAAACACCGAAUUCCACAAAAAGAACAUCAUACCUACAGUCAAGCAUGGUGGUGACAGUGUGAUGGUGUGGGGAUGCUUUGCUGCUUCAGGGUCUGGACAACUUGCAGUAAUUGAGGGAAACAUGAAUUCUGCUCUCUACCAGAAAAUCCUAAAGGAGAAUGUCUGGUCUUCAGUCCGUAAGUUGAAUCUCAAGUGUAACCGGAUUAUGCAGCAAGACAAUGAUCCAAAGUAUAGGAGUAAAUCCUAGUCCUAGAAGUAAGUUAAAGACUGAUCUCCAGUUAUCGGAAGCAUUUGGUUGUGGUUAUUUCUGCUAAAGGUGGCACAACCAGAUUUUAAGUUUGAGGGAGCAACACAGGUUGCCUUUGUUUUAUGUUGUAUUUCGUUUGAAGAUCUAAAACUAUUUAGCUUGAUAUAUACACAAAAACAGUGAUACAGUGAUAAAACUGUGAUACAGCAUAAUCACUUACAAUUGCAAUAUUUAUUUUAUAAAUGAGCAAAUGGGGUUUUUAAUGGUGUAUAGUUUUAUUUAAUGUUGUGAAAUGUCCACAAAACAUUCAAAUUGGUUCCUUAUAACUUAUGUAAUAGCAGUCAUUUGUUUAAUUACAAACUGAAUUACAGCCAAGGCUACUGUCAGAGUUGCUAUUAUAGAAAGUUAAUCAACCAACUUCUGAAGAAACUGAAUCAAGAAUUCAACAGCACUGUGGUAUAAAGAGAUCUAAUGAAGAGGUAACAGGUGUUUCAUUCUCAUAAACUUCAGUUAUUUCAUUGGUGCAAAUCUCAUCGCUUUAAUAAAUAUUAUAUAGUGUUAAUGCAUAUUUUUAUGAUCAUUGUAGGUCACACCAGGCUUCUAGUGUAAAAUUCUCUGUGAGUUUGAAUGAUCCUGUAAUAUCUUUAUAUCUACUAUGUGGUAGAACAGUCAUAUUAUGAAUUGUAACACAAAUCAUGUUGCUUAUUCGUGUUUACUUCCUCUCCUAGCUCUGUGUUGCUUCAGCAUUCAAAUCCGCUCCUCUCUCUGUUGCUUGUUCACCUCUGUUCCUGUCUUUUGUAUCCUUUGACAUUUAAUGAAUUAAAUACAAAUAUUUUUACAAAAGAAUUGCAUGCGUAAUCAUCUCUUGGUCACAAAUCAUUCUGAAUCUGAUGUAUAAAAUAGUCUAAUAAAAAAUACAUUCAUUUUGAUCCCAUGGGAUGCCAACAUACGAGGGCCUUUAUCCUGUUUGUACCCAUCUUGGUUAAA